GAAGCCGCCUCCCACGCCAGGCUGUCCCCGCGGCCGCCGGCCUUCCUUCCUUCCGCCUGCCCGCCGGCCCGCCCUCGGAGUUAACAGCCAAGCCGCGAUGAAGAGGUGCUCACAGUGAAAGGAAAGUAGGUCGCGCCCACUGAAAAUGCCUUUAAGGGACAAAUACUGUCAGACUGACCACCAUCAUCACGGUUGCUGUGAACCAGUUUAUAUCCUGGAACCUGGAGAUGCUCCUUUGUUACAGCAACCACUACAGACAUCUAAAUCUGGUAUUCAACAAAUAAUCGAGUGCUUUCGAUCAGGAACUAAACAGCUUAAACACAUUUUAUUAAAAGAUGUGGACACUAUUUUUGAAUGUAAAUUAUGCCGAAGUCUCUUCAGAGGAUUACCAAAUUUAAUUACCCACAAAAAAUUCUACUGCCCACCAAGUCUCCAGAUGGAUGACAACCUUCCUGAUGUAAAUGAUAAACAAAGCCAAGCCAUAAAUGAUCUCCUAGAAGCCAUAUAUCCAAGUGUGGACAAGCGAGAAUAUAUUAUUAAGCUAGAACCCAUAGAAACUAAUCAAAAUGCAGUGUUUCAGUAUAUUUCAAGGACUGAUAAUCCUACUGAAGUCACAGAGUCAAGCAGUACUCCUGAACAAACUGAAGUUCAAAUACAGGAAAGUGACACUGAACAUUCUAAAAUAGUACCAGUUACAGUUACAGAGGUGGAAACUGUAGAGCCCCCUCCUGUUGAGAUGGUUGCAGAUGAAGUUGCACCUACAUCUGAUGAACAACCUCAGGAAUCACAGGCUGACGUGGAAACUUCUGACAAUUCUGAUUUCGGUCACCAGUUGAUAUGUUGUCUUUGUAGAAAAGAAUUUAAUUCCAGACGAGGUGUUCGUCGUCACAUUCGAAAAGUACACAAGAAGAAGAUGGAAGAACUAAAAAAGUACAUUGAAACACGAAAGAAUCCAAACCAAUCCUCUAAAGGACGAAGUAAGAAUGUUCUAGUUCCAUUAAGUAGGAGUUGUCCAGUAUGUUGUAAAUCAUUUGCUACAAAAGCGAAUGUAAGGAGGCAUUUUGAUGAAGUUCAUAGAGGACUAAGGAGGGAUUCAAUUACUCCUGAUAUAGCAACAAAGCCUGGGCAACCUUUGUUCCUGGAUUCAGUUUCUCCUAAAAAAUCUUUUAAGACUCGAAAACAAAAGUCGUCUUCAAAGGCUGAAUACAAUUUAACUGCAUGCAAAUGCCUCCUUUGCAAGAGGAAAUAUAGUUCACAAAUAAUGCUUAAAAGGCAUAUGCAAAUUGUCCACAAGAUAACUCUUUCUGGGACAAACUCUAAAAGAGAGAAAGGCCCUAAUAAUACUGCCAACAGUUCAGAAAUAAAAGUUAAAGUUGAACCAGCAGAUUCUGUAGAAUCUUCACCCCCUUCCAUUACCCAUUCUCCACAGAAUGAAUUAAAGGGAACAAAUCAUUCAAAUGAAAAAAAGAACACACCGGCAGCACAGAAAAAUAAAGUUAAACAAGACUCUGAAAGCCCUAAAUCAACCAGUCCGCCUGCUGCAGGUGGCCAGCAAAAAACCAGGAAACCAAAACUUUCAGCUGGCUUUGACUUUAAGCAACUUUACUGUAAACUUUGUAAACGUCAGUUUACUUCCAAACAGAACUUGACUAAACACAUUGAGUUGCACACAGAUGGGAAUAACAUUUAUGUUAAAUUCUACAAGUGUCCUCUUUGCACUUAUGAAACUCGUCGGAAGCGUGAUGUGAUACGACAUAUAACUGUGGUUCAUAAAAAGUCAUCUCGUUAUCUUGGGAAAAUAACAGCCAGUUUGGAGAUCAGAGCUAUAAAAAAGCCCAUUGAUUUUGUUCUAAAUAAAGUGGCAAAGAGAGGCCCUUCGAGGGAUGAAGCAAAACACAGCGAUUCAAAACAUGAUGGCACUUCUAACUCUCCUAGUAAAAAGUAUGAAGUAGCUGACGUUGGUAUUGAAGUAAAAGUCACAAAAAACUUUUCUCUUCACAGAUGCAAUAAAUGUGGAAAGGCAUUUGCCAAAAAGACUUAUCUUGAACAUCAUAAGAAAACUCAUAAGGCAAAUGCUUCUAAUUCACCUGAAGGAAACAAAACCAAAGGCCGAAGUACAAGAUCUAAGGCUCUUGUCUGAUAACUUCAAGUGAUGUACGAAAAGGUUUGGAGUUCAUUUUUGUGGAAAGACUUUAAAUUGGUGUUAGAACCACUAAACGUCUUCAAAUGGUACUAUGAGAAAAACAAAGAGAAACAUUUUCAUAAACAUUUGACUGUAACUGUUGUUUUCUCAGUAAAAUGAUAAUCAUCUAACCACUUGUUUCAAAGGCACUGCCUUUUCCAGCACUUUCAAGUAGCUGUGACAUUACUUAUUGUCAUCCCAGUCCGUCAGCUACCACCUUUGACCUUGUGCAUUUGGUCUACAGUUUCUUCAAAAAUGUUGCAAAUCUUGUUUUUUAAACAAUUUGUUGAUUAACGCGAUCAACAACCUGAAGAAAAUAUCACCUCUGGUGAUUUUUAAUUGACAAAGACUUUAUAUCUUAGUGAUUUAGUUUUGUUCCACUUUAUUUGGCAAAAUUUUCAUCUGGAUUGUACAGAUAUAUGGCUUCCUAGUGAGUGUAUGUUAGGACCAAAAGACAAAUUAGUAUCAACACAUUAUACAUAUUUAGCCUACUAAUUAUUGGUAAUUAUUUUUACAUUCAUGUAUUUCUAACUUCUCCAGCACUUAAGUGUUUGAAAGUUUUAUUCUAAAAUAUAUACAACAGGAAAGUUCCAGUUCAUUUUCAUCCAUGGAUCAUUACAUUUUUCAUUUGUAAACAUCUGAGGUUUUUAUGAAAAUUUAACAUUCCCCUAUUUUUCUUUAAAUUUUAUACAAAGCACUUUAAUGAUAGAUGCAACUUAAUUUUUCAGUUUCUAUUUUUUUAAAAGACCACACAUUUACUAAUGUUAAUAUGAAGGUAGUAAAUAGCUUACUGAUAUUUUAUGGAUGCAGACAAUCCAUGCACAACCACUUCUUAUGAUACUAGUUUAUUUCUUUAAAUAUUGCGAAAAAAAGCAGGCGGGGGGGUGUAAACCCUGAUUUUUUUUUUCUCCUAAGUAAAAACUUAAAUGACCACUUUAGAUAAUAUUUGAUUCCUACUGUAAAAUUUGGAAAAUAAUGAAUUCUUGUUCAUUUUUAUAAUCAAGAUUUUAGGAAAAACAGAAGUACAUCUAUCUUUAUGAAAUUUUAGACAGGUUUUGUGUAUCAAUAUUUUGUACUUUUUAGGGAAUAUUUUAUUUUUUAGUAAUUUUUGUCAAAUUAUAAUUUUAAAAGGUACAGCAGAGAAUAUACCAUGUUUUUAUAUAGGUUCACACCUGUACUUUGGAGGGACCCUGUACAUCUAUAUACUUUUUGUAUAAAAUUUUUAAAUGUUGAAGAUCCACAAGGUCAUAAUAAAAUACUUCUAUAGCUAGACAAACAUUUACCCUUCCCAGUGCUUUGCACUAAAAUAUACUGUGAAAGGAAACUAGAAAGACUGUAACUGUUGCUGGAAAUGUUCUAUAUUGAAUGUACAUGCUCUUGUUGGAAAAAUGUACUAUAUGUGAUGGAAAUAAACCAGACUUGGAGUUAUUUCAGCUAAAUGUGCUUCAACAAAGGUGCAUUGGUUGAAACUUACAUGUUUAUUAUCAAAUUUAAAUUUAUUCAGUGACUAUGAGCAGCUACACUUGAAUUAUUUCUUGAUAGUUCUAUUUUUAAGAAUUAGAGUUAUAAUUUCUCUUUAAUUUAAAAACAGAUUUACUUUUCCAUAUAUGGAAAACUUGUACUUAUAGGUCUAACUUUAAUGAUUAAUAGUGUAAUAUAUUUAGGGAACUAAAUGUGUAGGUGGUAUUUCAUUUAUAAACCAUCUUCAUUAGUUGCACAUUAUUAAACCUGUAUGUUUGACUUUUGCAAGGUGUUAUCUUUUAUGCAUUCCUACACACAAGACAUAUUCCAAAGAUAUUUUCCAGACUUAAGUACCUAUAACCUGUGAAAAGAUAUGAGAAUUCCUAAAAAGCUUGGGCUAGCUCUUUGCUACACCCUUUCAUCUGUAUGUCAGACUUUUCUUCUCUCCUUUACUUGUUAAAUAUUGUAUGUUGAUGGAGGGGAGCUCAAUUGCUGGAAUUUCCUUAUUUCACUCACCUGUUUUCACAUGUCUUUGGCAUAAUUCUAGGGCCACAGAGCAGGAAUUUAGAAGAAGGGAUUGAGGGUUCAAGGACUGUCAAUAUUAUGUGGGUUAUUGAGAAAAAAAUAGUACUUUGUCAGGAUUGGUUUACAUAAGAAGGGCCUAGAGAGAUUAGAAAUAUUUAGCCAAACUAACAGGUUAUGGCAGGCAUAGAAGUUAGAGGGACCAGUUUAGAAAGGUAGAAUGAACAAGCAAGAAGUGAUUAGAAAUUCUUUGUUCUUCCUAUUCUUUUCUGGUCUUCAUUCUCACUUUUUGGUUUUGAUUCUUGAUGUCUGUCAUCUCAGAGGCUUAGGAUUGAGUCUCUUGAGAAGAGGCCUAGGAAAUUUGUGCUGGAAACUUUUGCACAUGGGCUAUAUAAACAAAUAUUGAUAGCACUUUUUGUUAUUGUAGAGAGGUAAAAGAACCAUCAGACACUGCUUAUAAUACAUUAAAACCUAUCUCUGGCUACAGAUAACACCACCUUUGCUGCUAUUUGCUCAACUAAGAGUUCUGUAGAAUUUAACAUCUUUCUUCCUGAAGAUACUGUCCUCUCCUAAGUGUGUUGAAAGAGUAGAAACAGUAAAAGAUAUGGCUUGUGCUUCAACUUCCUAAGUUUGGAUAGUGCAAGUGAGAGCUGGAUGAGGGAUGGCUGACACUGGGCAGGUAUUCAUUAGAACAUGCAGAUGUACCUUGAAUGCAUAAUGACCAUUCAUGUCUCUCUCUUUUUUUUCUUCUUCUUUAUUCCCUGUUUCAAGAGGAAAACCUUCUUGAAGAAUAUAUACAUAUUCUUGAAGAACAUAUUACUUCCCCAUAUUUAACUUUUCAUAUAUGAGCCAAUUUUUUCUGUUGACACAGAUUGCUUGUAUUGUUUAAAAGUACCUUAGCAUUUUUUAGGAAUGUGUGUUUGUUAUGUUGUUUUAUGGUUAAUAGGCUGUUUUCAGUUUGCUUUAAAGAGUCUAUGGAUUCAGUAGCAGAGGAUUUUGUUACUUUGUAAUGGUUUGAGGCUGUGGGUAUAGAAGAGGAGUUUCCCAAUAGGUGUAAGGACAACUAGGUAUGGAGAUAGAGAGGCAUAAGUGGAUAUCAUUUCCUGUUGUGAAAUUGCAAAAGAUCUCUUCAAAGAACAUGACCACUGAAGUUGAGAUAGAAAUGCUUCUAAAACUUUGGAAAUGAGGUUUCCAGGUUUCCCAUAGUGGCCUAUGGAAAUAUUCCAGGUCCUUAGAGUUUUAGAAGUUACUUUUCUAAUGGAAUCCAUAGAUUACCAAAAUUAUGAUUUAGCCAUGUUUCUCAUAGUUGAUCUGAAACCACGCUCUAAGAUAUGUGCAGCAUGAUGUUGGCUGAGCUGUUAGACAAAAUCCUUCUGUACUCUAUGCUAUUCUUUUCCUCUUCUCUGACCUAAGAGGUAAUGGAAACCUCAGGAUUGAAAAGGAGUAAGGAUCAGCAAUCUAAGAACUGCUAUUAGUUGUUUGGUUUCUAAAUCAUCAGGCACAUGAUAGAAUGCAGAAUAAAACAUGUUUCACUUAAACUCACAACUAACUUUCCAAAUUUAUUUCUCCUCUCUUAUAAUUUGUUUCUGUAGCCUUUUCCUUUGGUCUAUGUUCUGAGCUUCCAGCUCUUAAUCUUUUCCUAUUUUCUCUUCUGGUUAACAGAGAUCUUACUAUCAAGAUAGCUAAAAUGUUUUUUGAGAAGGUAAGAGGGUGGGAAGUCAGCUUAUUUCUUCCUGAAUCUUAAUGUUCUACAUUCAAUUUGUCAGGUUUAUUUAUUUUUAGGCUUCUUCUUCUGCAUAUAUUCACCACUGCCACAUCACAAACAGGAACAGAAGUGCAUCUGGUUGGGGAAAUGCCCAAAGUUGGAGGUUUUACUGUUUGUGCCCAUUUACAAAUUUGCUUGAUUGUGUAUUUUUGAAGUCAGGGUCUAUGUCUUGAUAAUUUUGUUUAGUGCCUAGCACAUUUUAAUGUAUACCUAGGCACUUUAAAUAAAUGUUUGAUAAUGAUAUUAAAGUAAGUAGUAGCCUUUUCCAUCUCAAAACCAUGCUGUCAUAUAUUUUGAGACUUUGAGUCUUAAUUUCAUAAACUUUUAUCUUAAUAUUGAUUUCACUUAUUUUAGAAAAUGCUACCAGU